AUGGUCCAUUUGGCAGCUGUUGAAAAUUAUUACACGGUCGAGGGAAGUUUGAUUCUACUCGGUUACAGGACAGCCCUUGUUCUGGUCGAGCACGAUGAGCAAUCAAAAAGCUAUCAGUGGCAUUUCGAGACUAUGGACGAUUCAUCAGAAGGAUUCAUAGAUCCUUCCAAGCUAAGCUCAGCUAAAAGGAUAUCGCCUGAGACUCACGAUUCUCAUGAUUUUCAUGGAUCGAAGUGUUUUGUUGGUUGGUUUGAGAAGGCACACGUCAUUCUGGGAACCAAAAGCCUACUCGAUAGGUCUGAUCAGUUGUCCUGGAGUGGUACAAUGGAGUGCCGCCAAACGCUUCGUCCUAAAGGAUACCAAGCUGGUGGACAAUUCGGCAUCUCUGCCGGCCCAAUCAACAUCGCCCCACAGGGUGCGAAAGCAUGGGAGUUCUUUUCUAACGUCCGGAAAUUCGACCCGACGGGGCAAUAUCGAAAGACUCUCAGAAGUUGUCGGCGGAGCGUUAGCAUUGUCAUUGAUUCUCAAACAGAACAGGCAUGGCUUGUUCCAACCCUCAGCCUGAUUCUACAUCUCUGCCACAGAUACUACCAAGAGAUCAAUCACACAAACAACCUAUCAGCAUUUAUUCCCUUCGCAGAGCCAACUUACGACGGACACGAAGCGGUGCUGGAAGCCAUUGAGAUGAAAGGAGACGUAAUUGUUCUCGGCGAGCCUGGAGAAUCUGACACUGAGACACUAAGACAGCUUUUUCUGCGCAUUCACACGGAGUUUUCGAGGGCGGUCAGUACUAGAGAGGAGCCAAGGCGGGGCGUUAUCUUUGCGACUGAGCUCAUGUCAAUCAUUGAUCCUCCUAUGGCAGGUAGCCCUCUCAGGAAAAUUGACGUGUCAGGCUCGGAAGCUCUGGCAGCAUCAUGGGAGGCAAUAAUCAAAUAUGUUGACGUGGUGGGUGUAUGUUCGGGAAUUGGAGAACCAAUACGGCCCGAAUUGCCGGCAGGUAACACUUGCACAAGUUGUCCGGUACUCCCACGGAAUCACUUUUACCUCGCCGCGCACAUGCAAUGCCUCGAGGCUCUUGCUUAUAGGGCUAAAAGUAGCACAAAUAACCUGAUGAGGGGUAGCUGUGUUUUGGGAGGCACCAAGACGGUUUGGAAUACCACCGCUGCGCUUUGGACAAACUGUUCAGGCCCAGGGCAUGUCUCAAUUUGGAGCAAGCGUCCUCCUUAUCAUGUGCUCCAGCACAUAUCUGAUGACGAAGAGAGGAGAAGCAACUCCGUGGUUCUGAGGAAUCCAGUCACUAGAACGGGCGUUGUUGUUUUCGGUGACCGAAAGAAAGCACUAAAUCCGGUGAAGAGGCUCUUUGGAGGUGUACAGAUUAAGCUGGCAACGAUGAGAAAUGGGUCUACGCAGUAG